CCUCAACGCAACAACUGGCCUUGGGAGUUGCGCUCCCAACCAGACGGGCUCACUUGCGUGGUGGACACAGCAGCAUCUUAAAGCAACGCUGAUGCCGUGACCAAACGAACGAACACAGUCUCUCCUUCUUCGUGUUCAGCCGAAUUCCCUCGUGCACGAAUACUUGUCACUUUGCAGAACGUCGAAAUUGGACGUGCGAGUUCACGUGGUCCACGAGCGCAACUUUUUCAACGGCAUCGCGCGUUCGAAAACCGCUUACGGUAAACUUUCAAACUUUCCGCCGUGCUGCUCGUGAUCGUUUUCUUAGGAUGCUUUGAGACACUUGUAUCCCUGUGCUAAACUGCUUGUGUUGUGCUCCUUUAUCGUGGACUCAGAACACAAAAGUGAUGCCAACAUCGUGUGUUGGAGCACUUUGAAGGUACUCUACGUUGAACCAGGAGGAAACGGUGUUUUUCUAACCGCGUUUCUUUUUACAAAUUGGAUGUUGUGUACGAUUUGAUUCUGUGACCUACGGAUCAUCGGACGCGCGUUCGUACCUGCUCAAGUUUUAGGAAUAAAUCUUUUACAAGUUUUCAUCGCACGACACCAGGAAAUACCGUCGAAAUAGGACUGAAAUCACCCAGAGACCCGACCGUGACCUUGGGGAGCUGCGGGCUUGGAGGAACUUCAGCCGGAACCACUCCUGGAAAGGCGCCUAUGGCUCGAAAUAUUUCGUGUAGAGCGUGAGCAUAAAAACAAGCGCAGACGAAUGGAUCUUCAAGCUGACGCUUCUUCCACACUGAUGGACGAAACUGCUAUUUGGCAGUAGGACGUGCUGCCUGGCACAUCUUACCUUCUGCCAUGGACAUCACUGCUCCAUCCUCUCUCCCUCCCUCCACCAUGCUCCAACUCAAUCCCCUUGACGACUCCAACCUAACCUUACCCUUCCCAAACUUGACAGACUUACCCAACCUAACCUACUUAAUCAACGACACCACGUUCCACGAGCCAAUACCACCAGCCUUGGCCAUGUCCCUUCCAGAAGCCCUGGUGACCGCUCUCGUGCUGUCAGCCAUCAUGGUGGGCACCGUUUUCGGCAACGUGCUCGUCAUCCUGGCCAUCUUCACCUACAGACCUCUGCGAAGCGUCCAGAACAUGUUCAUCGUGUCCCUAGCCGCGGCAGAUAUCGCAGUGGCACUCCUGGUGAUGCCCUUCAAUGUGGCGUACGCGUUGAUGGGCCGCUGGGUAUUUGGUCUUCAUGUCUGCGAACUGUGGCUCACAUGCGACGUGCUCUGUUGUACCGCUUCCAUACUUAAUCUGUGUGCAAUAGCGUUGGACCGAUACUGGGCCAUCCAUGACCCCAUAAACUACGCUCAGAAACGAACUCUAAGGAGGGUCUUGCUCACCAUCUUCCUCGUCUGGGCCAUCAGCGCUCUCAUCUCUGUGCCACCCCUUAUUGGUUGGAAUGACUGGCCCGAGGUGUUCGACGAGACUUCCCCGUGCCAACUGACGGAAGAACGUGGCUACGUCGUCUACUCUGCAUCCGGCUCCUUCUUCGUGCCUCUCUUCAUCAUGACCAUAGUCUACUUCAAGAUCUUCCUGGCCACCAGGCGACGGCUCCGCAACCGAGCCAAGGCCAUCGCGGCCACGCUUCAAGUGAAACCGAUGUCGGGCAACUUCCUGCCGCUCCCGCCGAACCCCAUGGAGAACUCAUCGGCCGAGUCCGGCAACACGGAGUGCCCGCAGUCGCCUCAGACCGAGCAGAGCCCCAUCGACCCGGACAUGGACAGCAUAGCGGCUGUGAAGCUGGAGGACGACGAACCGCCGAAGCAGAUCAACGGGCAGCCCGUUGUCCCCAACGUGAAACAAUACAUGGAAGAACGGCAAAGGAUAUCGCUUUCCAAAGAACGGCGAGCGGCCAGAGUGCUGGGCAUUGUCAUGGGUGUCUUUGUGCUCUGUUGGUUGCCGUUUUUUCUCAUGUACGUUAUCCUGCCGUUUUGUGGAGACAGGUGCUACAUUACGGCCAAGACUGUGAAUUUCAUUACGUGGCUGGGCUACAUCAAUUCGGCCCUGAAUCCCGUCAUAUACACUGUGUUCAAUCGCGACUUCCGCAAGGCCUUUAUUAAGAUACUGGGCCGGAAAAAAUGAGCCGUUCUUCUGAAAUUUAUGUAAGUGCGCUGUCUUCCAUAGUGUCAGACGUCUUUGGCCGCUACAGGCAACGCCGUUUCGGUGCAUAACGUACUGCUGUACGUGCGAAGAAAAAAAAAUGUAGCGUACAUUGGCGCUACAUUCGUUGCUAGUCACCGAUAUGUUGUAAAAAGGGCGAUGUAUUACCGGGAAAGUACAUUGCUUUUUUUUUUUUUAAUGUGUUGUAAAAUAUAUCCGAGAGACAUAUAUGACGCGCAUGCAGCUGUUGCAGCGCAAACGUCUGCUUUGUGGCAGUCGAGGCGAAUUGUUGACAUUAGUUGUUUUUAUCAUGGGUGCUGAGAGCAGGUAUUGCAAUUGUUUUCACUAGUACAGAAAUUGUCGUGAAAAGUUGCGAGGGACGAGUCACUGGUCGCAACAUUGCACUCUGAAUUAUGUUGCCCAUUAACUAUAAGGACAGGUCCUGUUUCUCUCUUUCCUUCAUGCCCUCUUCCAUUCUCUACGCGAAAUAGGAACUGGUAUAAAAAAAAAAUAACCGAGAUAUUACACCAAAGCCGUUGGGGAUUCAGCGUGACAGUGGCGCCCCCGCUAAAGCUCGCGACGCGGGUAAUCGCAUAAUUGACGUGCAUCGCGCCACAUCCUCGCUUGAGCUGGAUUGGGGCCGUUACAGCAGACGACGUCAUACGGGCAAAGGUGGGCGUGCGGAGUUGUCGCGCUGAGCUACUUACGGCUGGAAAAUGCGCUAGUGCAGUGUGGCGUUAUCGAGGAGUGUGCCGAACAAAGUUGAUGCACCGUGAACCGUGAACUUUGAAUAAUUUUAAAUUUAAUAAAACGUAGCGGUAGCUUUAUAUGAAGCCCCAUGGAGCAAAAAAAAAAAAAAAAAAAUUUGAAGACAUGGGCUUCGUUGGAAAACCUUCAAGGUCAGUGUGAUCUCGAGAAAAGCUGUUUCAGUGAACAUUUCUCAGCCUGAGUUCUUUGUUUACACUUUCAAUUCUUGGGCCUCAGGCACUCCCGCGUUAUUCACGCUUCGUGGCAUCGUUUCAGCUUGUUUUUUUUUUUUGUUGUUUUUUCUCUCUCUCUCGCUCUCUCUUCAUAUUCGGGAGGAAGAAAUAUUGACAAGUCCGACGCGAGUAACAUAGGAUCUGCACCGCCAUCCUGGGAGCUGAAUAUUGGGCUUCUGACAGCUUCCAAUAUUGCGUGGCGGAAACUUUAAAAAGUUACGUCGUCGGUUCGCAACAGUGAACAUCAGUAAAGAAUAGAAAGCCCCAGCGUGACUGGCAGUGUAAUGCCAACACAGGAUAUGUCGUGCAUUUUUUUUUCUUCUUUUCUCACACAUUUUCUUUUACAGGCUUACUGACGACGAGCGACAGGUAUGUUCUAUAUUGCAUUCCUGCCCCCUGGGGAUCUUUCGUGUAUUAAAUAUCUGCCUUUAAUCGCUUGAAGAUGUUCAUACCGAAAUUUUUCGAUGCCCUGGGAAACGUGGCAAAUUCAUUGCGUUGCACGGAUUGGUGGUUUCAAGGAGCUAUUUUUUUCAUUCUUUCCUACUGUUCGGUGUAAAUAAAACUAAAGAGAGUUACGCGUCAUUUGAGGACAAAAUACUUUUCCUCAACGAUUCCUCCGGAAAAGAGGCAAAAAUUUUAAUAUCGACAACACAUUGUGGCUUAUCUUACGCUGUUUCAUUCUGACUUUUACACGUCGUGUUUUCGUGUAUGUUCCGGUCUCUCCGCUAAGCGCAUCGGAGCCUGGUUAAAGAGAGUUCGAAAUGCCGCCAUAUAUUAUAGCUCGCCGCAUGACCUCUAACCUUUCAGACUGAGUUCUUAAAUUGUAAGGUUAUUGUCGUAGCGCAUGUGCUGUCAAGCUGGUUGUACAUAAUUUACUUAGUAGGCAGUACACUUUGAAGAACACAAUUGAUGCCGAAAUAGUUAUGAUUCCAAUUGUUCACGACACAAAGACUCAAGCUUCCCAAAUCAGCUGUAAUUAACGUACAGCUCACGAAAGAUUCAAUGUGUACCAGGGCAUCGAGCCUCUGAAGCAGUUCACCUUGGCAUCCACGCAGCCGUGUUUGAAAGGCAAAAUCUUACAUACGAUGGACCUUCUUGUCGCCCUUUUCAUUGUCGUCCGCAUAAGCGUUUUACCGAAGUCUAAGUUUACCAAACUACCAGUAAAAGCUCUGCGACCAUCACUGGUGUGCAUCAUAUCCCCCUAAAAACCGUAAAUGAAGACAAACUGACGUGCGAAUUGAUUUUGUCGACAUGCCUUGAAUUCGAAAAACUUGCCGAAAACAUUGCAAUGUUUAUUUUCUUUCCACUUUCCAAGCCGCGUUGCUUGCUCGUUUUUCGUGAAUGCGUGACAAACUUUAUCCAUGCAAGCCAUAUUUAGGUUGAUCCCCUUAGCCGGAAGGUGCAGUAUUCUUGUUCAUGUUCGCGGAGUUUACGAGGUGGACUAUUUACGAUGUUUACCAGAUCAGGACACCGUGAAGAAAGCAGCGCGAGAGAGUGUUUCGUCUUACAAAUAUUUAGCCAAUAAAAGUCAAAGCAUAGCCAGAGAAAUACUACAUAUGAUAUGCCUCUCGCACGGUGCUAUUCCCUCUUCAUGUGGCAAUGCGGGUCAGCCUUAACUUAGAGCAAGUUUACAAAAAUUGGUGCUUUCAUUUAUUUCUCUCGACGACGUAUUUCCUUGUAGCUGUGCUGCAACGACUUCCGCCUUCCUCGUGGCGUUAGUCUAUUUGCACGUGCGUUCUCUAUUGGCACAUCUGUGAGGUCGCCCGUUACGUUGACAGCGUAUAGCUGACGCAGCACUAAAGGACUGCUGGGCAAAUUGCAUACUAACGGUGACGUGACUUAACCAAAAUUGAUGCGUACUCGCUCCCGCGUUUCGAGCAUGCGUGUACGAUGUAGUUUAAAGGACCAUGGAGUAUACCAGCUGUAUUUAGCAGCCAAGUGGUUAGCAGAUGUAGCACCUGGCAGCUUGUAACCACCUUGAUGAUACGUCAUGCCUCACUUGAGUACUUCCGUUGCUGACUCAUUCGGCCAGUAGCGGAGAUUGCGUACUACUGAGCAUGUGCGUUAGGAAUAUGGUAGCUCUCCGAACAAGCAUGGGCCCAGUACGUGAGUGACUUUCGCUUCAUCAUUUUCGCAUCAUUCCAGAGCAGCGAGAGAUUGCCCAGUUAGUUUCGCCAUCUGUCGGAGGUCUUCAGCGCCUCCACCUUUCGACAAACUCGAAUUAAUCGAGGCUGUCUGACCAAACGCAACGACAACUAUCAAAUCUAAAAUAUACAUAAAACUGUGUUAUUGCCAUAAUGGAAUACCGCUUGAACGCAACCGUGUCACUGCUCGCAUCGCUGAUUGUAAGUUUCGUCGCAAACGUAGGCCAAUAUCCCCGACUGGUUUUGUUUAGCUGUUCUAGGGUUAUUAGGGAGCGUGUUCUGUUAGAGCACGGCAUUUUCAGCUACCACGCCCUCAUGGUAGCACAGCCUCUCGUAGUAUGAGUGCGCGCACUUCGAGUGAUUUACCUGACUCUCUCUCUCUCUCGUCUCUCACCCGACACCGCGUUCGGAAGUGCAAUUAUGCUCGCCAUGGAAGACGGAUGGACUGUGUGGCUCAACUUGUUCACGGCGUCGUACACACGGCCAUCUUACGUCGUCCAUCUACUUCGUUAUUUCGUGGAAAGUAAAAUGGACAGUUAACUGGCUCUCCUGAGCCUCCAGCCAUUGCUCCAGCCCGCUUGGUGACAUCCGUCUGCGUUAGAUUGUGCUGGAGAUCAUCUCAUCGCAAAGUCUGUAGGGCUUGUGCAUACCGCCGAAGCGCUGGGACGGCUUCGAUGUCCGGGUUCCUCUCACGAACCUGGGACUACCGCUGGGCUGCGUGUUAGGUUUUCGUAUUCAUAGUCUAUAUUUUCAAAUUCAAGCAAAUUCUGGAUGUCCUUUCUUUCUGGAGUUAUGGAAGAUACCAUAUGUUAUUAACGAACACAUUUUAAUUUAGGAAAACAGUGAACUCUGAUGGGAGGCCGGUACUGUGUAUGCAGGCGCAGUGACAGAGCACGAAAAGUGAGCCCGCGUUCACCCCUAGCGGAGGUGUCAUCUACUAAAGGAGCUGCUUAGAUAAGAUAAGUUUAACUGGGCUACGGUGAAUUGGAGCUAGGUGGCUGCCCUAAGACAACACCUGCUAGAUAGCAUCAGGCCUGCGCCCCACGUGACACAGCGUCACACGCGAAGGCCUGCUGUGGAUGCUGCUGCUGACGUCAAUGAAAGAGCGAACAAGAGAAAAGCUCGAAGCAGCUCGCAAAUCUCACGCAGGCCUCCGUGAGUUAGGCAGUGCGUAGGCCUUCUACUAUCUAGGAGGUGUUAUUGCCUAAGAGCGCCUGCAGCUGCUUGUAAGGCAAGCAAACGUUGUUUACAUCAUUUUGCCAGCUAAACUUACGUCAGGUGUAUGAUGUACUGCUUGAGACACACUGGUCAACACCCACUACGCUAGCACUCCUACCAGCUGUGCGCCUACUAAAAGUCUAGACUGGUAGCUAACCAGCACGCUGCCAGCAAUGACAUUUGUGCUGCGUAUAUGCGUACAGCGUAUAUCCCGCGCUACUGCAUCGGACUGCACAUUGAACGAAAUAAUUUUCUUAGCCGUGUAGCUACAACAUUUUCAAUCCGCAAGAAACUUAUGACAACGAAGGUUUUACUACUCUGGCGACUGCUCCUAUAAUAUCAGUUGCUUCCUGUAUGCACAAGCCCUAUUCACUGCAUACCAUGAGACGAGAACCUCAGACAGUAAACGUGUACAUAAUUUACGAGUAUUAUUGACGCGCAGCCGAUGGGUGACGACGUGUGCCGUUAUGGAGAAUACUGUUAUUAUAGGUACGUUAUACAAAAGCUGUUUAAUAAGUGUGUUCUCUUAAGUGGCGUUCUUCGAUGUGUAUAUGAUAUAAUACUACAUGAAGCAGCCGAUGCGUGUUGCUGCAUUCGACGUUGUGCAGUCACGAACUGAAGCAGCGUACCGCUACUUAAACAACAGUGCACAAAGUACCCUUCAUCGAGAAGUUCAUCAUGAAUAAAAAAUACUCCACAUGUGUGUUGGCAUGUCCAACCGUGAAUUACUAAAUAAGGGCCCACUGGACAGGACAGAUGCCGUGUCUGUAUAUACAUUACUUAUUUUUCUUUGCGCAUAGCGCCGAAUAUCGCAAAAUGAAGAAACCAUAUCAGAGUGUACAUAUAUAUCUGAAUAAACAUCGCGUAUCUCUUG